CUGGCUCAAGGAAAAAAAAUUGACGAAUGUUAUAAGUAGAAAUACAAAACAUUCAAUAACACCAAACAACGCAAGGGUUUUUCCUAAAUAUCCAACUACGUACAGUUUUGGGACAUAGAAUCAACGCUCAUCAUGCUUAGAAAAACAACAAAUAGAAAAUAAAAUGAAGAGGCAAGAGCCCUAGUGGACUGCACAGUCAGAGGUCGAUAAGAAAAAUGCAGCUUCAGUUUUAGCAAAAAAAAAUUACUGUUGCUGUUUCAUUUCCGCCAUUUGCUCCCUUUCACCCACUGAAUAUUCCACUUUUUGCUCUGUGAGUGAACCUAAUGCUUAGGAACUUCAAUUGAACAGGAUAAAGUCCCUUUCUAUUUUUAAUCACAUGUAUUUACAAAAGUCUCGUACGUGAAAAACUGGGAAUAUUGAUAAAAUAACAUAUCCUGGGUAUUCAAAAGAUGGGCGGAGGCAGGAGCACUAAGAAUAUUUCUCCUUUUGGAAAUAUAUUAUAUCUUUUCCUCUCUUAAUUGUGUGAAAAAUAGAAAGCAAGGUCAUGGAUGGGUCAAGAACAUGAUACGGCAAUGUACCAAGAGAAUCAAACAGCUUUUUAAAACAUCCACUAUAAAUGUUAUAAGACAUUAUUGGCUUCCAUGCUAUGUUAAUUAAAAGGGAGAAUAGCAAUCAAACUAUACAAAGCCAUGGUUGUUGAUUAUUUAAGUUUGAGGGUUAAUUGCAGAAGGUUCAGGCCACACAUAUACAUGGUUAUAGUUCAGAUGGCCUCGGCUUUUCUUUAUUUCAUAACCGAAGCUGCUUUCAACCAUGGGAUGAAUCCUCAUGUUUACGUCACCUACCGCCACUUAGUAGGUGGUAUUGCAGUAUUUCCGUUUGCCUAUUUCCUUGAAAGGAAAACAAGGCCAAAGAUGACAUUAAGCAUGUUCAUUGAAAUCUUUAUCUAUUCUCUACUUGGAGUGGGAUUAACAAUAAACAUGUACUUUGCAAGCCUAAAAUACACUUCACCAGCAUUUCUGUCAGCAACAGUAAACACGAUUCCUACUUUGACCUUUAUACUAGCAGUGGUAUUCAGGCUGGAGACUCUUAACUUGAGAAAACGCCGUGGAUUAGCAAAAGCCACUGGAACUUUAAUAACCUUAGCAGGGGUGAUGACCAUAGCAUUAUACAGAGGACCAGCAAUCAAACGCUUGUGGGAACCUCUGAUACACCUGAUGAAAAGUGACUUCCACAAAAAUUGGAUAAAAGGCCCAAUACUUUCACUAGCAAGUUGCAUAUCAUGGUCAAUAUGGUUCACAAUGCAGGGAUUCACAUUGAAAAGAUAUCCUGCACCACUGUCAUUAGCCACAUGGGCAAACUUUAUAGGAGCAGCACAGUCUGCUGCUUUCACUUCUUUGGCUGUUAGACAUCAUCCAGAUGCAUGGGUGCAGAAAUCCUUCAUCAACAUAGCAACUAUUCUAUUUGGUGGAGUGGUUUCAUCUGCAUUAAACUUCAUCAUGAUCGUAUGGUCUUCAAAAGAAAAAGGCCCUGUCUUUGUAACUAUGUUUUGUCCCCUACAGACACUACUAGUGGUGAUCUUCGCAUAUUUCAUUGUUGGUGAAAAGCUAUACACGGGAAGCAUCGUAGGAGGAGUUACUAUCAUCAUAGGUCUGUAUCUAUUGCUAUGGGGCAAAGCAAAAGAUCGAGUAGUCAUCAUCACAUCCGAGAAGAAACCAUCUCUGUCUGCCAUCAAGCAGAAUGAACCGAAGAUGCAAAUAGUGACAGUGAUAGAAAGGGAGUCAUUGAAUCAGUAACUGAAAACUGCAAGGUGGAAAGAAUCCUUAUAUUCUCACCAACUAACUGAAAAAAACAGUAGCAUAUGGACCUUGCUUCAAAUUUUCUUAUUCUAGCAACUAUAGAACAGCUAAAGGAACAAAACGUGAAAUAAACAGAGAUCACCGCAAGUUCAGAGAGCUAGAAAUAACAAUGAUAGAAGUUGAUUUUCAUGUAACAUUUAUGAAAAAAGCAAGUAUUACCAUACAAAAAGCUAAGUCAACUGCCUAUUCAAUCUUGACUGUUUUUUUUUCAUGGUAUAGAUUUUGAGAGAUGAUAUUAACUAUAAAGGAGCAUGAAAUGCAGGAAUAUAUGUCGAAUGAAGCUAUGACAACAUUCUGAUAAUCUCAUAAAAAGCACACAUAUUAUUCAGCAUGAUAAAUUGACCCU